AUGGCUGCUGUUGCCUUUUUAGAGACAACCAAUUUAGUAGGAUUAGGACUUUCAGCUGAUAAAGUGCUUAGGUUGACUAAAUCGAUAAAUAUUGGUUUUGAUUUACAUGCUACAAAAUCAAAAAAUCAAAGUGGAUUAAGACUCGUAUCAGAUGUAGUCGAUAGUUCGUACCGUGUAUUUGAUGGCCUUGGUAAAUUUUGGCAACGUAAUGCACAAGAAUCCUCUGUAUUAGACAGAGUUCGUAAAGCAAAAGAUGCUGCACCUAUUCCUAAAUUCCUGGCUAUGAAAUCUGUUGAAGAACUCAAGAUUGGUGAAGUCACUGAACUCUUGGCUGAUUAUAAACGAUUGGCAGCCAUCAUCAAACAGGCUGGAUUAGCAUAA